CCAUCUCAGAGGAGUACACCUAUAAUGCUCCUCGGGCCGAGCUGGGCUUUUUUUGGGCAUGAACAAUAUGUCGCGGACCUGCUGACAGGCCACACUGAGACUGCCCGGGGGUGAGCUCACUCUCUUUUUUGCUAAACCCAUCUUGUUGACUCCUGCUUCCCAAAAAAGCAACGGCAUCAUGGGCGGACGCAUUGUUCCGGCGCCCCUGCGAUGAUCCCCACCCCCCUUUUAAAGGCUCGCCCCGCCAGCUGAGGAGAUUAGAUGAACUGCGCGGAGACGCUCGCUCGCGCAAACCCCCAGGCGACUGACUCACCUCCUAUCCCCCUUCUCUCGAGCGAGAGUCCGUGGCUGAGAGACAGGAACGCCAUGAGUAUGUUCGGGUACCGCAAGGAGCUGGACAAGUACGAGGACCUGGACGAGGAUGAGCUGCUGGCAUCCCUGACGGCGGAGGAACUCCAGGAGCUGGAGAAGGAGCUGGCGGACAUCGAGCCGGACAGCAACGUUCCCAUCGGGCUGAGGCAGAGGGACCAGACGGCCAAAACACCGACGGGCACCUUCAGCAGGGAGGCUCUGCUAAAGUACUGGGAGAAUGAGACCCGCAAGCUGCUGGAGGAGGAGAGGAUGGGAUCCAGUCCCAAACAGGACAAUGAGGCAGAGGAUGACAAUGAUAAAAGUGAGGAAGAAUGUGUGACAGAGAGCAGUAGCGAGACCUCAGAGGAAGAAGAGAGUGAAAAAGAAGAGGAUGAGGAGGAGGAAAAUGAAGAAGAGGAGAGUGAGCAAGAGGAAGAUGAGGCUGUUACCGAAGAUGAAGAAGGCGAUGGAGAUGAAGAUCGACAAGCAGAAAACUCAAAAGAAGACGAUUUGAAAAGGUCCAGUCCCCAGCACGGUCAGAACAUCUGCAAUGGUCUGUCAAAAAAUCUGCCAAAACAGGAGGAGGAGCAUGUUAAAAAAGCACCGCCCAUUGCUAAUGGAGAUCCAGAAAUCAAGGUGACACCCAACAGGCCCUGUGGCAACCCCACCGUGGUCGACGAGUGCCUGGAGAAGAUACUCAGCAACGAUGCCGACACGACCGAGGUCAACCUGAACAAUAUUGAGAACGUUUCCCAGGAGACGCUCAUACGCUUUGCAGAGGCCCUGACGACCAACACGCACGUGCGGGUCUUCAGCCUGGCCAACACCCGCGCGGACGACCAGGUGGCGUUCGCCAUCGCCAAGAUGCUGCGGGAGAACAGCUGCGUGACCAACCUCAACAUCGAGUCCAACUACAUCACGGGGAAGGGCAUCCUGGCCCUCAUGAGGGCCCUGCAGCAGAACAGCACCCUCACGGAGCUCCGCUUCCACAACCAGCGGCACAUCUGCGGGGGCCAGGUGGAGAUGGAGAUCGUCAAGCUGCUGAGAGAAAACACCACUCUGCUGAAACUGGGGUACCAGUUCGACCUGCCGGGCCCCAGGAUGAGCAUGACCAGCAUCCUGACCCGGAACCAGGACCGCCAGAGGCAGAAGCGCCUGCAGGAGCAGCGGCUGCUGGGGGGUCCGGACGGGCCAGCCAACCCCAGGACCACCGCCCUGCAGAGGGACACGCCCGCCUCGACCCCGCGCGGAUCGCCGCGGAGCUCCCCGUGGUCGUCGCCCAAGCUGCCGCGGCAGGACACGGCGAGGAAAAAUGCCCCGCCGGCGCCCCCUCCGCCCCCUCCCCCGCCUCCCCCGCCGCCGCCGCCCCCGCCCCCUCCUCCUUCCCGACCCGCUCUGGAGAAGAGGAAGCCGACCAGGAAGAUCGCGGAGGUGAUCAGGCAGCAUGAGCAGAGCAGGAAGCAGCAGGCCAGCCAGCCCAAAUCCAAGGUCAGAAAAGGCAAAAAAGGAGCGCCGAAGGAGAAGGAUGCCAACAUCCUCAAGGAACUGAAAAACGCCCUGCGUCCCAUUUCUGACAAACGGACAGAGGACACAUCCCGGCCGUCGACGCCUCAACGCUCGGCCCACGAUGACCUCAUGGCUUCUAUUCGCUCAAGCAGCAUCAGACAACUCAGAAGGGUGGAAGUUCCACUUUAUCUACGGUAACCGGACUGUGACACAAAGGCUGGACUAACGGGAUAUAUACAUGUUGUGCAUAAACAAGCACGUCAUCCCAUGGGAACGGUACUUGAUUUUUUUUUUUUUCCUUGGAAGACAUUAAAUAAUUUGCACUGCAGUUUUGUGUUUAUACUUCAGUUAAGAUAAAAAAUAUACAUAUUAAAAAUUACUUUUGUAUAAAGACCAGUUUAUUUAUGAUAUAUUUUAACAGAAUACCAUUUUUGUUUUUGUUUUUGUUUUUCCUGUGGUACGAUCAUAAUUU